CCAGGUCUCGCCCGAGACAUCACUUCUGUCACUACAACAAGACUCGGAGGCGGAGCGUACAGGAGCUACGUCGAAUAAUAGCUGGAGAUCUGGAGACGACUCGCCAGAGGAACAAGUGAACCCGUACCUCACUGCUAUACACCGGGACUGAUCGAAAUCAACCGCUAGGGAGGACAUUCACAGGCGCACCGGACGAGCACGCGAAAAAUACCAUCUACGAUGCACCUCAAAACCCCACCUGCCAACCUGAUCACCCAACUCCUCACCUCCUCCCGCGCAUCCCUCGCCCAAACAUCCUUGCCUUACUCCAAUUCUUCCCUGGGGAUAACAUCAAUCCUCCUUCGACACGGCCUCAUCUCCAGCAUCUCCAAAGGUUCCCCCUCUAAACCCGAUCCGACCGCGUUCGAAUCCCUCCCUCUUCCUUCUCGAAGACUAUGGAUCGACCUGAAACAUCGUCAGGGGCAGCCCGUCUUGCGUAACAUCUCCCUCGUGAGCAAGGCCAGCAAGCGGGUGACGGUGACGAAAGAAGAACUGGGGAGGCUUUUGACGGGGAGGAGGGCCAAGAACGUCGGUGGGGUCGGCUUGGGGGAAGUGUUGAUCGUGAGGGAUGUCGAGGGGCAGAACGGGUAUCUGGAAGGUUGGGAAGCUUGGAGGAAAGGGAUCGGUGGGGAGGUCGUCUGUCGGGCUGGUUAGACUAGCGAGGGGAAGAGGGGAGAGGGACAGGGGGUCGACGCCGGAAAUCGGGAAGACGGGAAAUCUUGCCCGUUUGUAUAGUAAAGUACCUCGCAAUAUCGCAUCGUGGUAAUAAAGACCUUCCGCAGGGGUGGUUAACUGCAACGAAAGCCUCAAACCAAGCAUCUCAUCGACAAUGUACAAAACGCAUAUACAAUCCGCUAGCCAGAUAGAGCUAGACCGCGUUGGCCUUCCUUUGCCUCCUCAACGCCGGCUGAUGCUUUGCCUCG